GUUAUUCUACCCAUGCUGACACUACAGGCAUGGCAUCCUUUGAUUUGAGAGACGAGUUGGACUGCUCCAUCUGUCUGCACACAUAUACAGAUCCUGUAAUGUUGAGAUGUGGACACAACUUCUGCCGGGUCUGUAUUGAUCGUGCACUGGAUACGCAGGACCAGUCCGUUUUUUUUACCUGUCCUGAAUGCAGAGAAGAGUUUCAGGAGCGGCCUGCACUUAUGAAGAACUUUGCUUUGUGUAAAAUAAUGGAGAAUUUACUAUUUACUCAACCAAGAGAGACGGAAACCGGGAUCUUCUGCACUUACUGUGUGGACUCUCCUGUACCUGCUGUUAAAGGCUGUCUACACUGUGAAGCUUUUCUGUGUGAUAAACACCUGAGAGUUCACAGCAAGUCAACAGAACACAUCUUAUCUGAACCCAGCACUUCUCUGGAGAACAGAAAAUGUUCUGUCCAUAAGGAACUCUUAAAGUAUUACUGCACUGAGGACGCUGCUUGUAUCUGUGUUUCCUGCAGUUUGGUUGGAGAACACUGGGGACACCGAGUGGAAAUGCUGGAUGAGGCCUAUGAGAAGAAGAAGAAAAAAAUGAGAAAUGUUCUACAGAAAGUGACCAUUAAAAGGGAGGUGAUGGAAAAAAGAGCCCAGAGUCUGGAAAAACACAGGCGAAAAACAAAAGACAAAGCAGCUAAUUUAAAAGGAAGAGUCACUGCCCUGUUUACAGACAUCAGAAGACAACUGGACGACCUUGAAAACAGGGUCCUGAGCGAGAUCUCAAGGCAAGAAGAGCAGGUGUCACUCUCACUCUCUGCUCUGAGUCAGAAAAUGGAAAUCAAGAAGGAUGAGCUUUCCAGGAAGAUAAGACUCACUGAGGAGCUAUGUAACAUGACUGAUCCACUGACUGUGUUACAGGAACCACACACAGGUGACUUGUAUAGUCCAGUGGAAGAGGAAUGUGAUGAGAACACAGGUGUCUAUGAUAAACCACUCCAUGAUGUAGAUGAUCUGAAUGUGGCUGUGGUCUCAGACACAUUACACACAUUAUGGGACAUAAUAACAGGAAUAAGGAGAGGGAUCUAUGUGGAGGAUCCUGCAGACAUAUUACUAGAUGUUAAUACAGCUGGUAAUUAUAUCCUUAUAUCAGAAGACCUGAAAACUGCAUCCAGAACCCUAAUAAACCAGAAUAGCCCAGAAACAGCAGAAAGAUUCCAGUAUAAUCAAGUUUUAAGCAGCAAGACUUUUUCUUCAGGGCGACAUCACUGGGAUGUGGACAUCAGUGAAGCAGGGAGUUGGAGGGUGGGGAUCUGUUAUCCCAGUAUGGACAAAAGGGGACUUCAGUCAUAUAUAGGAGGUAAUAAGAAGUCCUGGGGUUUAUUUGGUGGGAAGUGUAAUACUCAGUAUGGAGUAAUACAUGACACUGCAUAUAUCCAGUUACCUCACAAGAUCUCCAGUAAUAGAGUCCGAAUUUAUGUGGAUUAUGAGGGCGGGCAGUUGUCCUUUUAUGAGCUGUGUGAUCCCAUCAAACACUUGCACACCUUCACUGCCAUCUUCACUCAACCACUUUAUGCUGUAUUAUGGCUCCAUGAUGGUUGUCUCAGAAUAACAGAGACUUGUCACAAUCUGUAAGACUUUAUAAUAUUGUGAAAAAUCCACCCACAGCCUGGCAGAAAAACAUA